UUUAAUCACGCACAAAUGUACAAUUCCAAAUCGGUACAAUGGUUGUUGCCUACAUUAGUGGUCUUGCUAUGCACAAUUCAGAGCAAUGCUGCUAACAUAGAUAAAAUCAAAAGCACCAACAAUUCAACAAGCAAUAUUUUUGGCAGUAAAGUGCAAAGUGCAUUGAACGUGGCUAAGUCAAAUGUUCAAAAUGUUGCUGUGGCCGAUCAAUAUCACAGAGACGAAAGUGGCAAAUAUGUAAAUGAUGUAAGCGGCAUUUAUCGUGAUGACAUUUCCAAAGGACGUUGGCCGUCCGAUAAGCGUGGACAAUAUCAAGAUAACUACAAGUGGCGGUAUGUGCAUGACAAAAGUGGUCAAUAUGUAGCUAAUAGCGCUGGACAGUAUGUAAAGGACACACGUGGCUUAUAUCAUAUUGACAAUACGGGUAGCUAUCAACAGGACAACAGCGGAAUUUAUGUGAUGGAUACACGUGGAGCAUAUAACGCAGAAAAGAUUUAAUUACAAAAGAUUUGAAUAUUCAACAUUGAAUGAAUAAUCAUCAAGUGCAUUUUUAAAAGCUAAAACUACAAAAAAAACCUAACAAACAGACACAUUUCACUAUUCGACAGAGUUUCCGGUCAUUAAUUUCAUAGAAUUUCUGUCGAAAAUAUCAACAAUUUAUGAUUCUGCAAACAAAUCGUACUAAAAUUGCUCCCACACUAUUUAAUCAUACAACGUGUCUCGUCAAAAGUGGUAAACUACUUCGAUAUCAAUAACCCUAAAUGCAGAUAUUUUGUCACGUAGUGUUUAGUACAUAUGACAAAAAUAAAUUAAAAUUCAAUAUGAAAACAGGUACGGCUAACACUCUACUACCAGAAGGUCAACGUGCCUGGCCCGGCCUGACCUGACAUCCAUCAUUCUAUGUUCAUAAAUUUAUAUAUUUUUUUGUACCAAUUUUGCGUAUUUUGCAUUUUGCAAAAUCAUUGCUUGCGUAUUUUGCAGUCAUUGUACUUGGUAAGGUACGUUGUCCUUUUAAACCAGCAACAAACAUUUAAGCCAGAAUUUUAAUUUUUAAGAAAUUUCACUCAAAGGACAAUUUAAUAAAUCCUUACCUUUGUUUUCGACAAAAACUUUAUGAAAUUAAUUUAGGCGGUCCAUAUAAAUGCAAAUAUUUGACACAAUGCCAAAUCGAGAAGUGUGAAGUUACUUUAUACUUAACACCUCCACUACACUCAGAUAUGCAUAAUUAAAAAUUUUAAAAUAGAAUAAUUAAAAUUAUGCAUAAUAGCAUAAUAAAA